GUUCAAAUGUGUGUGUGAAGUGUGUAAAUUAUUAAAAAAUAAUAAACAAGAACAAAGUCCAAAAGAUUCCGGCAAAGUUUUUCGAAUUCACGAUGAAGUUCUACUACGAUUUAAUGAGCCAACCUAGUCGAGCAUUGUACAUCUUUUUCAAGCUCAAUCCAAACAUUCCAGUUACAUUCAUUCCUGUUGCUUUGAGGAAAGGCGAACAUCUUGAAGAUGCUUUUAAGGCGAUUAAUCGCUUUCAGAAAGUUCCAUGUAUUAUUGACGAUGAUGGAUGGAAGCUUUCAGAGACGGUUGCUAUUUUUAGAUAUCUGAACGAUAAAUACCAAAUCAAUGAACAUUGGUAUCCAAAGGAUAUAAGAACAAGAGCUUUGGUUGACGAGUAUAUGGAAUGGCAGCAUAACAACACACGUAUGGGUUGUGCCAUGUACUUCCAAGUUAAAUGGCUGAUUCCAAUGAUGUCAGGAAAUCCGCCAUCAGAAUCGAGACUUAAUUUUGCCAAAACUCAUAUGGAAAAUGUGUUAACAUUGCUUGAAAAUACUUGGCUUGAAAGCUCUGAGAAAUCAUUCCUUACGACAAAAGAAAUUUCGUUUGCUGAUAUUCUUGCAGCUUGUGAGUUGGAACAACCAAAAAUGGCUGAUUAUGAUCCAUUUGAAGGUCGACCACGUCUAUCUUCAUGGUAUCAAAAGGUCAAACAAUUUACAAAUCCAUUCUACGACGAAGCUCAUGCACUCGUAAAUAAAAUUGUGAACAGCAACAAAAACAAGCCAAAAUUGUAAAUCAAGAUAAAUUUUAUCUUAAAGACUUGAAACUUUUUGAAGCGAUUUUAACAACGUUGGAAGCUUCGAAAUUUUUCAAGUGUUUGUAAAGAAUUUUAUAUUAAAAUGGUUGGGGGUGUGGCAAUAAAUGAAAAUAUCAGUAAUAAAA